CCAGAGGAAACAUCAUCGGAGCCAGCAUGUACCGCACGGGAGCAGGCGCCGCAUGCGACAUGUUCGGCAUGAUCCCUUCCCGACAGUUCCCCGGCCUCUGCGAGACGAUGGGGGUGGAUUACCGGGCGUGCACGCAGGGGGCCCCGGCGGCCCCGGCGGCCCCGCAGCCCGCGCCCCAGGCGAAUCCGGAGGAGAACAACGCCAUCGAGCCGAUGCAGCCGGACGACUUCCUCCGGUUCAUGGAUCUCAUGCGGAUGCUGCAGCGGAGGAGGUUCAACGGCUGAUUCCCACCCGCGGAGGACCGUGGACGUCGAAGCCGUCGAGUCGGGAUCGGGAUCUUCAGCUCAUUUUGCAGACUCUUUGUGCAAUACCUUACAGGCCUUUUCCUGUGAUCCUCGAGUAUUUAUUCGCCUCUCACCUUUAGGUCCCGUCCAGUUCAAUCGUACAGCCUUAAAAGGCUGUACGAUUAAUUAGCAUGUCGUUUUUUUCAACGCUACUUCUUUUCGCAACCGUAAACAUUUAGAGGAUUGAUAAUCUGUUCGUUAUCGACGAGAUUCGUCGGGAAUAGAAAAACGCAGGUGUCGAGGAUCAUCAUAUGAAAUUCAUUAAACUCUUGUCAGAGAUGGUAACAUGGAAUGGAGGAAGCGAAGCCAAGAAACCUCAGCAUAAAAAAAAUGCCUUUUCGAAUUCGCAUUGUCUUCGGUGCGGAAAGCAACACAUUUUCCCCAAAACAAUGCAGCCACUGAAAUGCCCAAUCGUUUAAAAAAAUAGUGAAUCGUGUCAGCACCGUGACCACAGCAAUCACUUGAUCUUCAUGCAAAACAGCAGUGCAGGAAAAAAAAAGCUUCAGUACUCAUUGAGGAAGCACCUAUGAAGGCUUCCAAUGAGUGGCUCUUCAUUUGGUUCUUCAAUUCUUUUUUUAAUUAUUUUUCUCUGCAAACGCAAUUGCAUCUCUGCUCACGAUGCAAACGGCGAACGGGAUCCACGAGCACUUAGUACAACCGAUUCUCUGCCUUAUGACUGAGUUCCAUGCCUCCUCCAUAAAAAUAAAAAACUCGUCG